AACUGAAUCUUUAUUUGUGAGAGCUCUGCAACAGCGAUGGCUGGUUGACAAACCACCCUCAGAUGAUUUGUUGAGAGCCACGACACAAAGGCUACUAAAUUAUUUUCUAGCAAAGAUCCACACCCUAGUCGACAUGACAAUCAACAGAUGUGUGGAAUGGGUCACACAGUGAGACUUGAUAAAUGAGAAAGGAGUAUCCCACAGCCAGAUAGCAUUUGCUAUGAAGACUGUUCUUAUUGUUCAGUUUGGGCCCCUAAGACGAGGCUCCGAUCGUUCCUGGUACUUCAUAGCACAAAAACACCAACUCAUUCUAUUGGCAAAAAUCAAUUGUUAACUCCAGAUACUCCCAUCUCAAGUAAAACCCCUUCUUGGCCACACUCCUGGACAAGCUCACUGAGGGGAGUGAGCCUCUAGGUCAUACCCCUCAUUAAUUAAUACUUUGUUAACUUGUCAUUUGAAACAGGCUUGUGUAAAAUACCUGUUUUUACAGCGACCGUAAGCCUAGGCUAGAACAAGGACUUGAAUAUUUACCUUACUGAGUAGAUGGAAUAAAGUAAUUAUUAUUUUAUAUUCUUGCUAACACACUGUUCGUUCUAAACAAGUAUUCUCUGAACUUGAAAGAUAGUGAUCACGAACAGGAGAUUUGAUAUGUAACGUAAUAAUCAGUACCGUAUUUCAAAGAACAAGGCGCAUACCUUUUUCAGUUAACCACAGCCUUUGAGCUAUGAUGCCAACCAAUAAGAUUCUUUCUCUUCAGUGUAGGCGGAAGUGAACAGUUACCCAAAACAAUUAUCACGAUAGCGUUUUUAGUAUUGUUAUUUAGACGUUUAUUAACACCUUGGAACUCAAAAUAUGCCUAACUGCACAGAAUUACAUACCUCAGGUAGUGUUUAUUUCGCGUUGGAGACAGGACUCGGUUGCUAGAUGUUCUAGGCAAGGCUAGCUAGCUGCUAACAAUGGCUAACUGUAUGGUUUUUCACACUCAAAUAGCCUCCGUCAUGGAGGUGCUAGCGAAUGCCGCUGUGGCAGAGAUCUGUAAACUCGUAGAUGACGACUAUGCAGUAUUUCGUUUGGAAAUUACUCAAAGCCAGAAAGAAAACAGGGCAUUGCGGAGGAAACUACAGCUGCUGGAACUGAAGGUGACACGGGAGCGCGCAGAGAGGACCAUUCGUCCUAGAAGUGUCAAGAUCCUCGACCGAUACAGAGGAAUGGCAAGAGGUGAAGGACAUCUCACUGUAGGCCACAGGAGCGUUGUGAAGCCAGCCGGACACAAUACAUGGCGAGAUGACCAACCAAUCACUGUUGAUGAGGGGAGUGGAACCUCAACCCAGCAUGUUAUCAUGAUUGAGUCUGCAGAUGCAGAAGCUGCAGGUCCUGGAGGAUUGUCUCUGGUCAAGCAGGAGAGGACUGAAGGAGACGACCCACAACACAGCAGAGACAUCCAGACUGGAGCAGCGGCUGGAGUGGUGCACCCUGUAGUCACUGAGGACCUAUCCACCGCCGCCACGCCCCAACCCAGGACCGGACGCAGCAUCGCGGAGGAAGAGGAGGGUCCAGAGGUGCUGCUGAGGGAGGAGGAGGGGUGUGAGGAGGGUCUGGGGAACCCUGAGGAGACCAUGGUCAUGGAGGACAACCAGACUACACCUCCUCCUGCACCCAAAGAGGCACCAGCUGAGCAGCACAGGACCACACACAGUCUCACUGAGUCAGUAGACAUGGAGGAUGGGAAACCUGAUCUGCUGCUGGUCAAAGAGGAGACGAUAGAGGAUGGACCAGAGAGCAUUGACCUGCUGAGUGGACUAAAGAUGGGGGAGCAAGGUGGUUGGCUGGAGGCUAAGAGAGGAGACUGGGUGGCCAUCUUGGAUUCCCAAACUCAGAUCGGUGCAGCCAAGGGCCCAGGGGACAACAUCACUGAGCAGGCCAGGACCAGAGGCAACAUAGUGGAAGACAGUGGAUGGGACAGCGUCCUCAACUCUGGGCUGGUGAACAACACUGUUAACCACAACCAGAAACAGACAGUGGAACACAAAACAACAUACGAACUGGCUGAGACCAGGGGGAGGUGUAGAUUUGGUCCACGGGGACAGAGAGGUGUCCGUAUGCAGCUGGAGAGAACAGACACAGACUCAGCUAGCGAUGCGCCGUCCUGCUCCUAUAGUUGUGAUUCAGAGAGACUGAUGGCGCCUCAGGUUACCCCCCUAACAGGUGCUGCCUUCAGGCUGCCUUCUAUAGGAUCUAUCAACUGGAACAUGGACCCUGCGACAACACAGACACUUCCUGGCCUUCAUCCUCCUCACACUCUCCUAAUGUUAAACCAGACCUCAGGCAAUAGUGCCUCAACACUAAAUGGGUACACAAGCCCAUUGACAAAUGACAGUAGUAGUAUUAAUGCUGUCAGUCGAUCUGGUGGCAAAGAGAAGCGCUUCCCUUGUCCUUUCUGUGGGAAAGCCUUCAGUUUCCCUAAACAGGUGCAGAUCCACCAGAGGAUCCACACAGGGGUAAAACCCUUCAGCUGUACCCAGUGUCACAUGUGCUUCGCUCAGACUGGUGACCUGAAGAGGCACCAGAGGGUCCACACCGGGGAGAAACCAUACAGCUGUCCCCAGUGUGAGAAGAGGUUCUCCCGCAAGCACCAGCUGAAUAGGCACCUGAAGGUUCAUACGGGAGAGAGGCCAUUCGCCUGUACGCAAUGCAGGAAGAGGUUCUCAGAGAGGAGCAACCUCAGGAUACACCAGCAGAAAGACCAUUCCACUCUAUGACAUAGAAAGGAACCGUAUCACUCAAUACCUUCUGAGGUUUAGAUUAAACCCAGCAUUAAAGAGAAAUAAUAAUUUAUUGUUGUCAGCAGAAAAGAUCCACAGAUGCAUUUGGAAUGACAGAUUUCAGUGUUGAAUAUUCCUCGGUAGAAUAUUGCAUCCAGACAUUGUGAGUGUACAAAACAUUAAGAAUACCUUCCAAAUAUUUAUUUGCACCCCCUAUUUUGCCCUCAGAACAGCCUCAAUACGUAGGGGCAUGGACUCUACAAAGUGUCGAAAGCAUUCCACCGGGAAAAACCCAGUAGCAUUGCGGUUCUUGACACAAACUGUUGCGCCCAGCACCUAAUACGAUACCCCGUUCAAUAGCUCUUAAAUAUUUUGACUUGCCCAUUCACCCUCUGAAUGGCACACAUACACGAUCCAUGACUCAACUGUCUCAAGGUUAAAAAUCCUCCUUUAACCAGUCUCCUCCCCUUCAUCUACACUGAUUGAUGUGACGACAAUAAGAGAUCAUAUUUCCUUCACCUAGUUAGUCUGUCAUGGAAAGAGCAAGUGUUCAUAAUGUUUUGUACACAGUCAUUUAUACACUGAACAAAAAUAUAAAACGCAACAUGCAACAAUUUAAAAGAUUUUACUGAGUUAUAGAAAUCAGUCAAUUGAAAUAAAUGAAUUAGGCCCUAAUCUAUGGAUUCACAUGACUGGGCAGGGGUGCAGCCAUGGGUGGACCUUGGAGGGCAUAGGCCCAGCCAGUCAGAAUGAGUUUAUCCACACAAAAGGUCUUUAUUACAUACAGAAAAUACUCCUCAGCACCCCCUCAGACUAUCCUGCAGGCAAAGAAGCCGGGUGCCCAGGUACUGGACUGGCAUGGCUACAUGUGGUCUGCGGUUGUGAGGCCGGUUGGACGUACUGCCAAAUCCUCUAAAACGAAAUUAACAUUCAAUUGCCUGGCAACAGCUCUGGUGGAUAUUUCUGCAGUCUGCAUGCCAAUUGCACGCUCCCUCAUCUUGAGAUAUCUGUGCAAGUGUUGUGUGACAAAACUGCACAUUUUAAAGUGUCCUUUUAUUGGCCCCCAGCACAAGGUGCACCUGUGUAAUGACCAUACUGUUUAAUCAGUUUCUUGAUAUGCCACACU